CCUCGCUUCGCCUAUGAGUACCGUAUUCCUGCAGCUGCCCUCGCCGCGCCCUCGCCUCUCGGCUCUCGGCUGCAGUGCCCCGCCGGCGGCCGACAACUACCAAAUCUGCGUCCGGCGGGUAUGCCUCCACUGCUGGUAACCUUCCCGCCAAUGAAGAUGGCUCCUGUCCGCGCCCUCGCCGUGCUCGCUGCCGCGGUCAUCUCGGCGCUACCUGCGCGUGGAGAUUCUGCGCAGGUGACGCCCGUGCAGAAGGUGGUGCAGCUGCUCGAGAACAUGCUGGCGCAGGGGAAGAAGGAGAAGCACGACGAGCAGGUGCAGUUCGCUGCUUAUCCAGGCAGUUCUGCGACGACACCAGCGUGGAAAAGCAGAGGUCCAUCAAGGAGGCGAAUGCCAAGAUCGAGGUGUUGAAGGCAGACAUCGAGAAAUACCUCGCUGACGCGAAGCAGCUCAGCACGGAGAUUGCCGCGCACGAGGCAGACAUCGCCGCCUGGGACGGGGACAUGAAGGCCGCGAGGAAGGUCCGGGAGCUGGAGAAGGCCGACUACGACGCCCUGCACAAGGACUACUCGGAGUCGGUGGAUGCCCUGGAGCGCGCCAUCCAGGUCCUCAAGAAGCAGGCCUACGACCGCAAGCAUGCGUCCUUCGCGCAGGUGGCGAAGCUGAAGACGCUGAACCUGAUCCCGGCCAAGGCGAAGAGGGCCCUCGACGCCUUCCUGCAGGAGGACCCCGACGAGGGCCUCGCCGUCAGCGCCCCAGAGGCUGCCGGCUACGAGUUCCAGUCGCACGGCAUCAUCGAAAUGCUGGAGAAGCUGCUGGACAAGUUCGUGGGCGAGAGGACAGGAAUCGAGAAGGAGGAGAUGAACGCUCACCACCAGUUCGAGAUGCUGGUGCAGGACCUCACGGCGCAGACCGAGCAGGCGACGACGGACAAGGGGGAGAAGACGGAGUCCAAGGCCAAGAAGCUGCAGGCCAAGGCGGAGGCGGAGGGCGAGCUCACCGACACCACCGCCACGCGGGACGAGGACAAGAAGUACCUGGACGACCUCACCGCCACCUGCGACCAGAAGGCGCGCGACUUCGAGUCGCGCCAGCAGCUGCGCGCGGAGGAGAUCGUGGCCGUCCAGAAGGGCGCACGGUCCAUGGGCCAGUGA